AUGUGCGCCUCUGCUUUUGACUUUGUGGACUCCGUAUCGCCCGCCAUCAAAACGCCCUUGACGGAAUCAAUGAGAUUUGAACGAACCGGAUUGAUCUGUGAUUGGACCCUGUGCUCGAUUCAGUCUCGUGUUCUCUACCCACACAUCGAGGAGUACAUAAACCCGUCCCUGGGCCCGUUCACCCUGUUGCAAUGGGCAUACGUGGCCGAGGCCACCAGGCACGCCCUGCUUUUCCAGCGACACCCUCAGGUACAUGGAUCCUCCCAGCAGGCCGUGCAGAGCGCGGCGAUCUUAUUGGCCUCGUGGCGCAAUCUCGACGCGACAGUCGGACCUGUCAUCUGUAGGAGACGAGUUCACCAUCGGGAGGGGCCUGCGUUUUGUGAACUCAUGGCCGGGGAACGAGUGCUGGGAGGGCCAUCCCACAGUCCGGCUGAGGGUCACCGUGCGUCUGGCUCGGUCGGCGAGUCGGCGAGUCGGCGAGUCGACGACGUCAGAGGGGCGCGAUCCUCCGCCGAUCGGAAGGGGACCUCGAUUCAGGUUUUCGAUAAGGCCCUGCAGGUACCUUGCACUACUUGGCCGGUCGGAGGGGAUAGGGCGCCUAGUGCCCCCCCAAAGGCGCCGGCCGUGCGCCCCCAGAGCGACGGUGGCGUGCAGAUGUACCGAGCGUGUACCUACAGGUACCCGGCCCUUACAGCCCGCCUUUGUGUAUACUUCGACGAUGGGCCAAUCAGCGACUGUCACAAGGAGUACACGGGCGGUGUCUCUCCUUGCUCAACUCCGGGAGUGGAGCUCUGGUCGCUGGGGAGGCGAGGCGAACCGAUCACUGGAAUGAGGAGCAGUGCAGCACAUCAUCCAUAUCGGGCAUGGCGUCACGGAGCUCACGGCUCGAUUGAUCGGUGCCUUGCCCCGGUUCUGCGGACACUUACAGAGGAUGUGCCGGCUACGAAGUGCGAAUUCAGUGGACUCGAGGUCUCGGCAGAUCAGCAGACAGGAAAUCAAACCGCAAGGCAUGUCAACCGGCGGAUUCGCGUAGGUUAA